AUGUCGAAGCUAUUUCAGAAAUUCGCGGUCGGGACAAUAGCAGCAGGAGUAGGGAUUUACAGCUGCUGCUUCGUGGUGUACCCCGGCGAGGCCUGUAUUCUUUACAACAAAAUUUCUGGGUUGAAGCAUUCCGUCUAUGGUGAGGGUAUUCAAUGGCGUAUCUUAUUUCUGGAUGACGUGAAGCGCUUUAAUAUUCGCAUUCGCCCCCGGACGCUGCAGACAAUGACUGGAACAAAGGAUCUUCAGAUGGUCAAUAUUCGCUUGCGCGUGUUGUUCCGUCCGAUUACUGAUCGGCUUCCACAGAUCUACCGAACCUUUGGGAUGGAUUACGACGAGCGCAUCCUUCCCUCCGUGAGCAACGAAAUAUUGAAGGCGGUUGUAGCGGAAUACAAGGCUGAGGAGCUUAUCCAGAAACGCGACGCCGUCUCUACGCGUGUGUACCAGCUCAUGCAGGAAAAAGUAGGCCAGUUCGGCCUCGUGAUCGAGGAUCUUUCACUCGUAGACAUCCAGUUUGGCCACGACUUUAUGGCAGCUGUCGAGCAGAAACAGGUGGCACAGCAGGAGGCCGAGCGUUAUCGCUAUGUCGUCAUGGAGAACGAACAGAAACGUCGUGCGGCUGUUGUACGUGCGGAGGGUGAAGCAGAGUCAGCUCGGUUGGUAUCUCAAGCGAUUCAGGAGUCCGGUUCAGGCCUUCUCGAACUACGUCGCAUUGAGGCGGCUAUCGAGGUGGCGAACCAGCUCGCGCCGAUGGCCAACACGACAUUUCUCCCAUCCGGCAACAGCAUGAUUUUCGACAUGGCACAGAAGUCACGCUAA